CCUUUGCGAUUCGGGUGUCGCUGGUAGUCUGCGCGUUCUCCACGUAAAAAUACACAUUUUCGCACAAUAAAAAAAAAAAAACCACAAAAGAAAAAUCGUAUAUUUCAGUUCGGACGGGGUUUUAGUUGAAAGUGAUAACUGUAAUAAUAGACGAAACUAAAUUUAAACAGGCGUCGAUUUUAAAAUGUUGCUGUGGUUGACCGGCAUUUUUAUAGGUUAAAUUUGUUUAUAACUGUUAAAAGUUUUAACUGCUUCGCUCUUGUGUUGGAAACGAACUCUUCGAAAUGGCUGGGCCAGAAAUGAUAAAACCAUCAGAUAGCGAGUUAACCACAAGCCUCUCAGGAUCCGUAAGGCUACGAGUGCCUGAAAGUGGGAAAGCAAUUGAAACCCUUCAGCCCAUAUCAGUACCCGGAUAUGUAAAAAGGGCCGCCGAAACAUUCCCCGAUACAAUUGCGAUAUCAUGGAAAGAGGGAAACACUUGGAAGAGCUUCACUUAUAGUCAAUAUUUAACGGAAAUCCGAACCAUUGCCAAAGCAUUUAUCCAACUGGGUCUAGAAGAAAGGCAUUCCGUAUGCAUACUGGGUUUCAACAGUAAAGAAUGGUUCCUAUCAGAUUUGGGGGCAAUAUUUGCUGGUGGGAUAGCAGUAGGGAUAUAUACAACGAAUUCACCUGAGGCAUGUCAAUAUAGUGCAGAAAUCAGUAGAGCCAACAUAAUCGUAGUCGAAGAUGAGCAACAAUUAGAAAAAAUACAACAAAUCCGAGCCAAUCUACCUUUACUUAAGGCAGUAGUACAAUAUUCUGGAGAACUUAAGCAGAAUGAUGUUAUAAGUUGGAAGCAAUUAGUAGAAAUAGGCAUGAGUGCACCGGAUGCACUCGUAGACGAAAGACUGAGGAACAUUGCAAUAAACGAAUGUUGUACUUUAGUUUUUACUUCAGGAACCAUUGGAAACCCCAAGGCAGUAAUGUUAAGUCACGAUAAUUUAACCUUUGAUGCAACCGCUAUAAUGGAACGACUUAGGUUAGCCAGAGGAUGCGAGAAACUAAUCAGCUAUCUUCCUUUAAGUCAUGUGGCUGCUCAAGUUGUCGAUAUUUACUUAUCCAUGUCAGCAGGAGCUUCUGUAUAUUUUGCUGACAAAAAUGCUCUUAAAGGUUCUUUGGUUGACACCCUACAGGAGGUCAAACCUACCAAAUUUCUAGGGGUUCCAAGGGUUUACGAAAAAAUCUACGAAAGGAUGCAACAGAUUGCUGCUCAAAAUGGAUUUAUUAAAAAAGCUAUUGCUUCUUGGGCAAAAGAAUACACUUUGCAACACCACUUAAAUAUCAUCAAUGGAAUUCACUCUAAAUCUUGGGCGUAUACACUCGCAAAGAAUAUAAUCUUCAGCAAAAUCAAAGCUGCCCUGGGUUUCCAAGAAUGCACGUUCUUCUGCUCUGCGGCUGCGCCGUUGGCUACUGACAUUAAAAAGUACUUUAUGAGCAUCGAUAUUCCGGUUAUGGAAUGUUUUGGGAUGUCUGAGGCUAGUGGUGGGCACACGCUCGCUGUGGAAUCUGCCAAUAAUUUAAGUAGCAUUGGUAUGACAAUACCAGGGCUAAAAACGAAAAUUCAUAACCCAGAACCAGACGGUCAAGGUGAACUAUGCAUGUAUGGAAGACACGUGUUUAUGGGUUACGUUGAUGAAUUGGAGAAGACUAAGGAAGCUGUGGAUGAUGAUGGAUGGCUCCACACUGGAGACCUUGGACGGGUGGAUGAAAAAGGUUUUGUGUACAUUACUGGAAGACUUAAAGAGUUACUUAUCACUGCUGGAGGAGAAAACGUCCCACCGGUACCAAUCGAACAAAAUAUUUUAGUAGAACUCCCCCACAUCAGCAACGCAUUCCUCGUAGGUGAUAAAAGGAAAUUCCUCUCUCUUUUGGUAACCCUUAAGAGCGAAGUUGAUCCAAAAGAUGGAACACCUUUGGACACACUACUCUCUGCCACGCAACAAUGGCUUAAAUCUCUUGGCUGUCCUGCGACUACCGUCUCGGAAGUACUUAAGGCCGGACCUGAUCCGAAACUAAUGGCUGCUAUUCAAGAGGGCAUAAGUCGGGCUAAUCAGAAGGCCACCUCAAGAGCGCAGCGUGUACAAAAGGUCUCGAUUUUACCGAUGGACUUCUCUGUGCCCACUGGCGAAUUAGGUCCUACCAUGAAAGUGAAACGGAGAAUCGUCGAGCAGAAAUACGCAGAUAUCAUCGAGAAAAUGUACAAUUAAUUAUCUACUUAAUGAAUAUAUGUUGUUACUUUAUGUUUUUUACCAUUUAAAAAAAUAAAACGCAGGGUUAUUUAAAUAAAA